GGGAGAGGGAAAUACAGUAUCGCGAACAUGGCAUCGAAAGCUUUUAUUGUGCCUGGACGAUUGCUGGCGUGAUCGCUAGUCGAUAUUUGUCCGUCUUUAGGUUAAGAUAGGUCCGCGAAUAGUGUUAUCGAGCACCCGUGUGCAAAGGUGGUGAAGAACGCUCCACGCAAUGAUGGAGUCACCGGUGAUCUACGACGAGGCGACGGUGGUCGGCGCGCCGAUUGACUACAAUAUGAGCGGAUUGCUAGGCAGCCACUAUGUGCAAUGCGCCAACUAUAACUUCGAGCACGUUAGCGUCGAGCUGGCUCGUGCACAGUGGCCCAACUACGACGACCAGCAUUAUCUGCGAUCCUGCAAGUGGUCGCCGGACGGCACAUGCCUGCUGGCGGUUGUACGUGGUGCUGGCACCCACGUCUUCGAACUGCCGACUGAUUUAUAUAAUGUGGAUGCAAUUGCGACUAGCAGACAAACUAUGCCCAUGACUCCUGCCAUCACUGUGCCUGAGAGCGGUUUGAUUUAUGAUUAUUGUUGGUAUCCAGGAAUGAAUAGCAGCUCCCCUGCCACUUGCUGCUGGGCAGCAUCUGGGCAUGAAGGUCCAAUACACCUGUGGGACGCGUUUAGCGGCGAACUGCGUUGUUCAUACAGGGGUUAUAACAAUCUAGAUGAACUGGAAGCUGCAAUUAGCGUAACGUUUUCAGCUGACGGUCAAAAUAUCUUUUGUGGUUAUAAGAAGAAUAUUAAAAUUUUUAGUACGAGUCGGCCUGGCCGGCAGUGCGUUGAAUAUCCGGUCACCCAUCCCGCAUCGUGCGUCGUUGCCAGCUUGGCGCAGCCGGGGGUUGUUGCGAUAGGUACAUGGAAAAACACAAUUGAGCUGGUCAGCCAGAGUGACGGCUCCUUCCGACACCUGUGUAAGUUGCAAGGGCACAAAGGCGGCGUCACAACCAUGGCGUUCUCGCGAUGCGGUACGCGCCUCUACAGUGGCGGUCGCAAGGACAAGGAGGUUAUCUGCUGGGAUCUACGUGUGCCAGGCCGACCGUUGUUCUCGUUGCCACGCGAGGCGAACACCAACCAGAAAAUCACCCUGGACGUAUCUAGCUGUGACAAAUGGCUUGCCUCCGGCGGCACCGACGGUAAGGUGCAGGUUUGGAACGUCGAGCAACAAACUGUACCAACUACACAUGUGCAGUUGCCGCUACAUACCGACUGUGUGAAUGGUGUCAGUUUCCAUCCCUUCAAGCCGGUCCUGGCGACGGCGAGCGGACAACAUCACACUCAAGACCCUCUGCAACAUGCCCGUAGCAAUAGCGUCCACGAGAAUGCGCUGUGCAUGUGGUGGGUGGGCGACACACACGACGAUCCCAACUACAUCACAUCGAUAAUUCUCAACGCGGCGAACAAGAACUAAACGAUAAUCGUUCGUUAGUAUUACGACUCUUAAAUGAAGCGCGCACGAAACUUGUGCAUGAUUUGUCUAUUGCCUAACAACGGGUUUUGACUCAUUUUAUAACUCACCAAAAUUAUGAUUUAGUUUAUAUUUGUAUCAUAUUUUUGCAACGGACACAGUGGAUCGAUUUGAAAAUGUCACAUCACUGUUUGUGUCUUUCUGACGCACACAAUGGUAAAUUAACAAUUUAAUAGUUUAAUAGUUUACACAUGCACUCAAAUUUGCAAGAUUAUUUUGCCGAUGUUGGUGCGGUUGGCCAACUCUUUAUAGGCGCGUUUGGCGUCGUUGAAAGGGUAAAUUUUAAUUUCAAGAUUUUCGGGCGUUAGUUGAGUAAAUAUCGAGUUCAGGGCAAUGCGUGUUAAUUGGGGAUAAUUGUCGGCCAGGAGUCCAAUGUGCAAGCCGGCAAUCGCAGUGUUUCCGUAAAUUAAAUCCACUGGGUUAAUGUUCGGGUCAGCGCUUGUUUCCGCUGCAUUGGAUCCGGGGAUCAUACCUUUAGCACCAAUGAUAACAACUCGUCCGAAUGGGUUUAAUUUUGUUGUUAGGACUUUUCUGGUUUCAGUAUUCAUUGAUUCGAUGAUCAAAUCAAAAUUUUCUUCUAGAGCGGCAACUUCAGAGUACUCGACGAAAUGCACUCCUUUGCUUUCAAGAAAGUUUCGUUUUGCAGACGAUGCAGUGCCGUAAAUCGUAACAUCUUUCUUUGACUUUACAAGUUCUAUUAUGGCCAAACCAACACCUCCUGAAAUUGACCAAACAUAAGAAAUUAUGUAUAUGGAAGAUAGGAUAAUGUUUCAAAAUUUGAAUUUAGAGUACCACACUUUUAUCAAUAUGAUUAGGUAGUAAUUUUGUGAAUCAAAGUUUUUUUAAAGUCUAAUAAUAAAGUUUUGAGAAUUUU